AUGCUGGGCAUGUGCGGCGGCGGGGGUGGUGACCCUCUGAAGCCCCCUCCACUGACUCUCUUCUCCCUUCCAGUCUCACCCCCAGCGGCAGGCGGCAUGGCCAUGGACGUGGCAGAAUAUCACUUGAGCGUCAUCAAGAGCCCCCCUGACUGGGAGGUGGGUGUCUACGCCGCUGGGGCGCUGGCUCUGCUGGGAAUUGCAGCUGUGAGCCUGUGGAAGCUCUGGACGUCGGGGAGCUUCCCCAGCCCCUCCCCAUUCCCAAACUAUGACUACAGAUACCUUCAGCAGAAGUACGGCGAGACCUACGCGGAGGCCAGGCAGAAGAGAGUGCCGGCCUGGAACGCGCAGCGCGCCAGCACUAGGGGGCCCCCCAGUCGCAAAGGCAGCCUCAGCAUCGAGGACACCUUUGAAAGCAUCAGCGAGCUGGGGCCCCUGGAGCUGAUGGGCCGGGAGCUGGACCUGGCCCCCUACGGCACCCUCCGGAAAUCCCAGUCGGCCGACUCCCUGAACUCCGUCUCCUCCGUGAGCAACAACUUCGGGCAGGACUUCACGCUGGGCCAGGUGGAGGUGAGCAUGGACUACGACGCCGCCUCCCACACCCUCCACGUGGCUGUGCUGCAGGGCAAGGACCUCCUGGAGCGGGAGGAAGCGAGCUUCGAGUCUUGUUUCAUGCGUGUCAGCCUGCUGCCGGACGAACAGAUCGUGGGCAUUUCCCGGAUCCAGAGGAAUGCCUACUCCAUCUUCUUCGAUGAGAAAUUCUCCAUCCCGCUGGACCCCGCAGCCCUGGAGGAGAAGAGCCUGCGGUUUUCAGUGUUUGGCAUCGAUGAAGAUGAGCGGAAUGUGAGCACGGGGGUGGUGGAGCUGAAGCUGUCUGUCCUUGACCUCCCACUACAGCCCUUCAGCGGCUGGCUCUACCUGCAGGACCAGAACAAGGCUGCCGACGCCGUGGGCGAGAUCCUACUGUCCCUCAGCUACCUCCCGACGGCCGAGCGCCUGACCGUGGUCGUGGUGAAAGCCAAGAAUCUCAUCUGGACCAACGACAAGACCACAGCGGAUCCCUUUGUCAAGGUGUACCUGCUGCAGGAUGGGAGGAAGAUGAGCAAAAAGAAGACAGCUGUGAAGAGGGAUGACCCUAACCCAGUGUUCAAUGAAGCCAUGAUCUUUUCUGUGCCGGCCAUUGUGCUCCAGGACCUGUCUCUCCGUGUGACAGUGGCUGAGAGCAGCAGUGACAGCCGUGGGGACAACGUGGGCCACGUCAUCAUCGGGCCGUCGGCCAGUGGCAUGGGCACCACCCACUGGAACCAGAUGCUGGCCACGCUGCGCAGGCCCGUGUCCAUGUGGCACCCCGUUCGGCGAAACUAA